AUGCUGUGUGGAAAAUCCAAGAAUACUCUGAAGGCCCUGCUGGUCGUCGACCUCCAAAAUGACUUUAUUUCCCCAGACGGAGCUCUGCCUGUGAGCGAGCCUGACGACUUUGUGAAGCGGUCCCUUGAGUUGGUCAAAGCUUUCCGAGAUUCUGGCGCCGGUGAUGUGGUCUGGGUCCGCAGCGAGUUUGAGCGUCACCGGUCAUUAUCGGCCGAAGGAGAGCAGAUCAUCACAGCCAACGUGCCAAUACGCCCACCAAGACCAGGCAGCGCUCGGGGUCGCCCUCCCACCUCACGAGAACACGAUGGCGCCGCGAUGGAGGCUGACGACGAGGCAUUUCUGAGCAACGGAGGGGCCCCGAAGAAGCCCUGUGUUAGAAAGGGGACCAAGGGAGCCGAGUUGGUUGCAGAAGUCCAAGAAGCCGUCGAUGCAACCCGGGAUAUUGUCUUCACCAAGACACACUACAGCGCCUUUGCCUCGAGUCAACAAGAGUUGGUGCAGACACUGAGGCGUCGCUUCGUGACAGGGCUGUACGUGUGUGGAGCCCUGACCAACAUCAGCAUCUACGCGACAGCGCUGGAUGCAGGCAGACAUGGAUACGAGAUUACGAUUGUGGAGGACUGCUGUGGUUUCCGGAAUCAGCUGCGGCACUUCAACGCCGUCAAACAGCUCGUGCAGUUGACGGGCAGCGAGGUGGUCAACGCCAGCGCAGGCAUGCAAGAACUGCAACCGCCGCCGGCAGACAGCCGCCCGUCUGGGCUCUCCCCCUUUAUCUCCAACAUGCAGUUGAACCGGCCGAGCGGGUCUUCGGUCACACCACGGAAAGACAAGGCUCCCGGGCCCACCUCCACGUCUCCCAAGACGGCGCCGCCUCCACCAGAUCGGGGCGCAAGGGGGCCAAGCACUUCGACUGCUGCACACCAACGCCCUUCCCAAGACGCCCAUGUCCAAGUCCAACAGCAAUACAUACACACGGCCUUGGAGGCUGACUCGGACUCGUCGCCGUCAGACAACGAUGAUGAGUCGCUGAGGAAACAGGAGAAGCAGCCCGUCACGAGUGUUGGUGGUUCAAAGCAGGGCGAGCUGUCAUUGAGCAGCCCACAAGGUCCGGCCCGCGCCCCUGGCGCACCAAUCACUAAAUCUGAGAAUGCCACUAGGGACUCGACCGAGAAGAAAGCCGAUCCUGACGAGCAGCACCAGACCAAGAGAACCGAGAUCGAGGUGGGCUCUGAGACGGACAACAUGGACAAGAAGCAACACGACAGCCCCAAGAUCGAGCCAGACCCGGAGGUUGAGAAGAUCACCCAGCAGCUGACCAACUCCAAGAUCGAGGUAGAUUCGGAUUCUGAGAGGGACAGCAAAGAGCCUGGCAGCCCCAAGAUGGAAGCUGGUUCGGAUGCCAAGAGUGUGGACGUCAAACUCACCAGUGCUGUAUCAGAGCCUUUCUGUGAAGGCGACACUCAUGUCAUCACCAAUGUUCUCUCGCCAACUCUCGCGGCCGAUGCCUUUGAACGUCUGCUGGAGGAAGUCAGCUGGGCCGGCAUGUCCCACAUGGGCGGUGAGGUUCCUCGUCGCAUAGCCGUCCAGGGUGAAGUCGACAAGGACGGAAACAUGCCCGUCUACCGCCACCCAGCCGACGAAUCGCCCCCUCUCCUCCCCUUCUCCCCCACCGUCCUCCAGAUCAAGACCGGAAUCGAAAAGCACCUCGGCCACCCCCUCAACCACGUCUUGAUCCAGCACUAUCGCGGCGGCGACGACUACAUCAGCGAGCACAGCGACAAAACCCUCGACAUCGUCCCCAACAGCUUCAUCGCCAACCUCUCCCUCGGCGCCGAGCGAACCAUGGUUUUCCGCACCAAACGCCGCCCCUCCAAACACCACCAAGAAGAAACCUCGCCCGCGGAAAAAGCCAAACGCCAGAUCCAACGCGUCCCCCUCCCCCACAACUCGCUCCUCCGCAUGGGCCUCUCGACAAACAAGCACUGGCUCCACGCCAUCCGCCCGGACAAACGACCCCCCCUUUCCAAAUCCCCCUCUGAACUCUCCCACUCUGGCCACCGCAUCUCCCUCACCUUCCGCCAAAUCGGAACGUACAUCAACCCCUCCCAAACCCUCAUCUGGGGCCAGGGCUCCCCCGGCAAAACCUUUGGUGAAGCCCAACCCGUCCGCAACGGGCAGACUCCGGAGGCGAUUCAACUCCUAAAGGCCUUUUCCGCCGAGAAUAACGAUCCGGCUUUUGACUGGGAGGGGUUUUACGCCGGCGGUUUUACUGUGCUGCAUAUGGGGACGCCGAAGCGGUACUGUCUCGGGAGCGACGUCAUCGCCAACGCGAGCGUCUUGUUCGCGCUGGGGGAGUUGGGGGUAAAUUGCGCAAAGGGGAGCGUGAGCACCGCGGGGGGCAGGUUUGAGGAUAACGAUCCCGACCGGGGGGUGGUGGAGGGGUGGGGGAACGUGUUGAGGUAUUUGGAUGCGGUUUACGGGGCGGGGAGGAGGUAUGAUCAGUUUGGUCCUGGGCAGGUGGCCAAGCGGUUCAUGUUGUUAGACAGGGCGGUGAGGGAGUUUGGGGAGGGGGUGUGGCGGCCUGUUCGGGAGGGGUUGGGGGAGAGGUUGGGAGGGGAGGAGCCCGGGAUGGGCAAGGUGAAGAAGGUUGUGACGGUGCUGCUGUGGGAGGAGCUGGAGUUUUGGGAGGGGGAGGUCAGGGCCGGUGCGGAGAGGGGGAAGGGGUUGUUCGUCCUUGGGGGGGAGACGGCGUCGCCGGUGGAUUUCGCCUUGUGGCCGGUGUUGCAUGAUAUUGUGAGGGUUUGUGGGGAGCGGGUGUUUGCAGUGAGUUUUGGGAGCAAGGGGAAAACUACAGAGGAGGGGGAAGAGGAGGUCAGGCAGGUAUAUCUCAGAAAGUAUUACGAGGGGAUCAAGCAGAGGGCUGGGGUGAGGGAGAGGGUGUUGGGACUGUGGGAGGGAGAGCCUUCGUGA